CCCCGGGGCGCCUCCCUGGGCAGCUGGAGAUCCCCCCCUCCGCCCCGCCCUCUCCGGUGAGCGGCUCAGAUGUCCCACUAGCCUAGCCGCGGCUCUGGCACUCCGCACCCUCCAUCUGCGGCAGCAGGGGCUGGCAACCCUGGCCCCUGCCCGGCCCCCUCCCUCAACCCCAUGCCUCAGCCCUAACCCCACUGCUCUCCCCCUCGGGGGACAUUUCCCUGUGCCCCUUGCCCGCCCCGUCCAAGUCUGACGCCAUGAACGACCAGUACCACCGGGCUGCCCGGGAUGGCUACCUGGAACUCCUCAAGGAGGCCACCCGGAAAGAACUGAAUGCCCCUGACGAAGACGGCAUGACCCCCACCCUCUGGGCUGCCUACCAUGGCAACCUAGAAUCACUGCGACUCAUCGUGAGCCGUGGGGGUGACCCGGAUAAGUGUGACAUCUGGGGCAACACACCCCUGCAUCUGGCAGCUUCCAAUGGCCAUCUGCACUGCCUGUCCUUCCUGGUGUCCUUCGGGGCCAACAUCUGGUGUCUGGACAAUGACUACCACACGCCGCUGGACAUGGCCGCCAUGAAGGGCCACAUGGAGUGCGUGCGCUACCUGGACUCCAUCGCAGCCAAGCAAAGCAGCCUCAACCCUAAGCUGGUUGGCAAGCUGAAGGACAAGGCCUUCCGCGAGGCGGAGCGGCGCAUCCGCGAGUGCGCCAAGAUGCAACGCAAACACCACGAGCGCAUGGAGCGGCGCUACAGGCGCGAACUAGCUGAGCGCUCUGACACGCUCAGCUUCUCCAGCCUCACGUCCAGCACCCUGAGCCGCCGGCUGCAGCACCUGACGCUGGGCAGCCACCUGCCCUACUCGCAGGCCACGUUGCACGGUACGGCCAAGGGCAAGGCCAAGAUCCAAAAGAAGCUGGAGCGGCGCAAGCAGGGCGGCGAGGGCACCUUCAAGGUGUCCGAGGACGGACGCAAAAGCGUCCGCUCGCUCUCAGGCCUGCAGCUGGGCAGCGAUGUGAUGUUUGUGCGCCAGGGCACCUACGCCAACCCCAAGGAGUGGGGCCGCGCCCCUCUCAGGGACAUGUUCCUCUCGGAUGAGGACAGCGUCUCCCGUGCCACGUUGGCCCCCGAGCCUGCUCACUCGGAGGUCAGUACCGACUCAGGUCACGACUCCUUGUUUACCCGCCCGGGUCUGGGUACCAUGAUGUUCAGAAGGAACUACUUGAGCAGCGGGCUGCAGGGGUUGGGCCACGAGGAUGCGGGCCUGGAGGGGGCAGGCACACCGCGGGGUCGGCUGCAGAGCUCUCCCAGCCUGGAUGACGAUAGUCUGGGCAGUGCCAACAGCUUGCAGGACCGCAGCUGCGGGGAUGAGCUGCCCUGGGACGAGCUGGACUUGGGACUGGACGAGGACCUAGAGCCCGAGACCAGCCCGCUGGAGACCUUCCUGGCCUCGCUGCACAUGGAGGACUUCACGGUCCUCCUGCGGCAGGAGAAAAUCGACCUGGAGGCGCUGAUGCUUUGUUCUGACCCCGACCUCCGCAGCAUCAGCAUGCCCCUGGGGCCGAGAAAGAAGAUCAUGGGGGCGGUGCGGAGGCGGAGGCAGGCGCUGGAGCGCCCACCCGCCCUGGAGGAUACAGAGUUAUAAAAGGAAUGCCUCUCCUCAGACCAAAGUAAAUUGCAAGUUGCCAUAACCCAUGGUGGGGCCAGGAGGUCCUCACAGUUGCCA